AGUACAUAUCCAGGAAUGUCAUCUGGAGGAUAUUCUGACCUACCGUCAGGAGGUUUCGCAAAUUUAAACACAACUGCAUAUCCAGCACCUAUAAUGGGUGGGUUCGAUGGACAGUCAGGAGCAAAUUUCAAUAAUAUACCUUUCGGUGCUCCUAGUGGUUAUCCCGAUCAGCGUUUGAACAACCCAAUGCUCCAUUUUCAAGCCAACAAGGUUAUACAAAUCCUUCUUAUGGCAAUAAUCCAUCUGCUACAUCAUAUCUACCAGGUACAACCUCAUUCAAUAUCGAUUAUGCACGUCAAAUGCAAAGUCCUUAUAUUUCUGGAAAUCCCAAUUCACAAAAUCUCCAAACAAAUUAUUGUCCAACUAUACCACCAUCAGGUGGAAGUUCAUUUGGUAGCAACCCAGUGAACACGAAUCAAGGAUCUGUAUACCCGAUGUUUAACGAUUUCCCUACUCCGAUUUCAUCUCAGUCGAAUGAGUUUUCUGUCUCUUCCAGAGUUUAUGGGUUCGCUGAAUCAGCUCCACACGAAGAUAUAAUGGAGCCAACUUUAAAAGCAGCACCUAAUUUUUGUGUUGAACGAGACUGUGAACGUUUAAAAAAGGCUAUGGCCGGAUUAGGAGCAAAUGAAAAAGAGGUCAUCGAAGUAAUGGGUCAUCGAUCUGUUGAUCAACGUGUAGCAAUCGUACAGAAAUAUAAAUCAAUGUAUGGAAAAGAUUUAUUUGCCAAAUUUAAAUCUGAAUUACAUGGUCACUUAGAAGACUGUGUGAUCGCGUUGUGUUACUCACCAGCGGAAUUUGAUGCUAUUGAACUUCGUAGAGCAAUGAGAGGAGCUGGUACUGAUGAAGAUGCACUGAUUGAAAUUCUUUGUUCAAGGACAAAUGAGCAAAUCAGAAGAAUUAAGGAUAUUUAUCCAAAAUUACUAAAUGGACGUAACUUAGAGAAGGAUGUUGACAAUGAAACUACACAUCAUUUUAAACGUAUAUGUAUUGCUUUGCUGCAAGCAAAUAGAGAUGAAUCUACAUUUGUAGAUACGAAUCUUGUACGGAGAGAUGCGGAAGAUCUAUAUAGAGCAGGGGAGCAAAAAAUAGGAACAGACGAAUCAAAAUUCAUUCACAUCUUGGUUACGCGAUCCUAUGCUCACUUACGAGCUGUAUUCAAUGAAUAUACAUCACUUGGCAAGCGUAAUAUGGAAGAUGCUUUAAAAUCAGAAAUGCAUGGGCACACACUCAGUGCCUUACUGUCUAUUGUUCGUUGUAUACAAAAUAAGCCACGAUAUUUUGCAGCGAAAUUAUUAAAAGCUAUGAAAGGUGCUGGAACAGAUGACAGGACCCUUAUUCGUAUUAUUGUAUCUCGUUGUGAAGUUGAUAUGGGACAAAUUAAAAAAGAGUUUCAUGGUUUAAAAGGGAAAACAUUAGAGGCAUGCAUACACGAUGAAACGUCAAGAGAUUAUCGUCGUCUAUUACUGGCGCUUAUAGGAGCAUGAUCUCGAAUACGAUUUUAUUUACAUUGAAUAAAGCUGUCAAUAAUGAAUCAGUUCAUAAAAACAUGUUAACGAGUAUUUCUGAAGAUAUAUUUCAUAGCUACAGCUUUUUACUUUAAUUAACACAAGUAUUCCGCUAUGAGAGAAUAUUUUAAAGUUAUUUAAUCGUUUUAUCUACUAUCCCACUUUUUUACGUUCACAAAAUGCCAUAAUCAGAUAUUUUUAUUUUAUUGCUAAUUUUUAUACAAACAAAGUGAUUUGCUUUGAGAUGGAUGGAUUUUUUUUAACGUUCUAGUUAAAGGGUGAAUGAAGUAAAGGGUUUUGAUAAAAUAUUACAGAUAGUAACUAAUGCGAUUGCAUGAAUAUAAUGACCUGAGGUUGGUUAGUUAGACUGUCGCUCAGAAAUGAUCGCUGAAAAACUUUCGUUUGUAUUUUCCUAUUCACUUUUUGAGUUAAAUUUGUUCAUUGAUGAGAAAAGACAAACAACAGUCCAACCCGUACUGAUUAUACGGUGGAUACCAGCUUGGGAUGAAUAGUACUCAUGAACUGCUUGGACUUGGUAAACACGAAAUACGCGCUGCAUGAUCAUUAUCGUAAAUCCCCCCUUCUCAUUACAAUAUCAAAACAUACAGUCAGAGGUCAACCGAAGAAAACGGGUAUACAAUGCCAUGUUAAAAUAAUAAGACCUACGAAGGUAACCUUGUUAAAAAAGCGCUGACCAUAAAAAAACCACUCCAGAUACCCUUAGGGAGUUGAAGAAUCUUCAUUUAAAAGAGUUAUGACGCCCAAACGUGGAAGUCGAGAAUCAUUACUGAACAAACAAUCGAAUGGAACUCAUGACUAUACAUCG